GAACAAUAGGGGGGAUUUUGUAUUCAACGCUUUGUUGAGGGGGGUUAUUUAUAAAUUACAAACACUGUUUUUCCAACUUGGGCCUACGUUUUAAAAAAAAAUAACUUCUUUUAGUCAAGCCCAUUACCUAUUAAGGAGCCCAUAAAGAGAGAGAGAGCUUAGAUUACAAAUUACAAAUUGAGCGAUGACUGUAACUGCGUUUCGCCCGCCCUCUGUUUCUCCGGCGCUGUAACUCCGGCCUUUUGUCCUUAGCAUUCAGCUCCAUUCUACUCAUUGACGACUCUGUGUUUCUUCUUCCCUCUUCUUUUUUCUGUCUAAUUCAUCGGAAACAUUGUUGUUUUUCUAUCGGAUAUAAGGUUUGAUUCUACAUUAAGAGAUGGCGGCGAAAGGGGGAGCCGCACCGGCGACGUACUCGCCGUCGUUAACGACGAGCAAGGAAAAGAGAAGGGCACCCCUUUUCAGUGAAGCUGAUUGGGUUCGCCCUGACGGCCGUGGGUUUCACCAGUGCAGGCUUGCAUUUAUGAGGACCGCUGCAGUGAAUUCUGCCUCUGGAUCAGCUUAUGCAGAGUUUGGAAAUACCAAGGUCAUGGUGUCAGUGUUUGGACCAAGGGAAAGUAAGAAAGCAAUGAUGUACAGUGAUGUUGGUCGGUUGAAUUGUAACGUCAGUUAUACAACAUUUGCCACUGCAUCCCGUGGUCAGGUUUCUGAUAAUAAAGACUUUUCGGCAAUGCUACAUAAAGCUCUGGAGGGCUCUAUAAUUCUGGAAUCCUUUCCUAAAACGACUGUAGAUGUUUUUGCUCUGGUGAUGGAAUCUGGUGGCAGUGAUCUUCCUGUGAUUAUAUCGUGCGCCAGUCUUGCACUUGCAGAUGCCGGGAUCAUGCUGUAUGAUUUGGUUGCCUCUGCUUCUGUGUCAUAUCUUGGGAAGAACCUUGUCAUGGAUCCUAUCACAGAAGAGGAAAGCUACCAAGAUGGGAGCAUGAUGAUUACUUGCAUGCCUUCACGUAAUGAGGUCACACAACUAACUCUUACUGGAGACUGGUCAACGCCAAAAAUUCAUGAGGCAAUGGAACUGUGCCUUGAUGCUUGUUCAAAGCUUGCAAAGAUCAUGAGAUCUUGCUUGAAAGAAGCCGCAAGCCCUUCGCAGGUGGAAGAAUAAGAAUUAAGAGUGAUCUUCUUUGGUACAUAUUAUCUAAGCUGUCUUCAUUACCUUUCUUCUAGGGCCAACAAAUUUUUGAGUCAUAUUGGAAUUUUGAGACAGAAGUUGGCCUGAAUUUUGUGACCAUCUUACAGAACGUAUGCUGAUUUUUGCCCGUCGUCAAAGUUUUAACUUUUGCUGAACUCAUUGGCCUGCACUUACUUACAUUCUCAAUGGUAUAAAUACUUCAUGAGUGAAUCGGCUCGCCGGCGAAUAUCUUAGUUUGUGUACCUCUUGGGGCCCCCAUUAGUUUGGUUCUAAAUCAUAAUCUUUGAUUAAUAAUUGGUUUUGUUGCAAUGAAGCGUACUGCUGCUGAUGAACUUAAUAAUGUCUUGAAAGGAAAUGAUGGUUCGCUAAAUGAGAUUGUUUGAGGUUGACAUUUGACAGGCAGUCUGUAUUGUUCUAAUCUGACCAACCAAUCUGUUUGUGUAAUUGCAAUUAUGAGCGCAGUGCCUUCAGAAGAUGUGAAUGCUUUGACAUUGAACUUUACAAUAAUAAUUCAACCGAGCAUUUAAAGACUUGGUUAUCUGGCA